GCAAAAAGGUCUUGCUUACUCAUCAUUGUUCCUGAGCGUUUGAAGAAGACAGAGCAGGUGGAGUACUUGGAAGGGACAGAAGGAGGAGCUGUCAUUGGUAUCCACCAAGUCUUACCCAAGGUUCUCAAGAAGAGAAUGAGUGCCUCAAUCACUUUGCUUGCACUCUUUUGUGUUCUGCCAUUCGCCUUCUCCAGUUCGGUCAUUUAUUACACAAGUUCCAAGGGGAUAUGUGGGGAUAAAUGUGAUUAUCAUGGCUAUGAAUACACUUGGUGCAAACAAUAUGGUGGAAAUGGGAAAGACUGGGACUAUUGCUCUUUAGAAGAAGGUCUGUCUGCUUCAGGCAAAAAAUGUGCCACAUCUUGUGAUUUUUUCGGGGGCUCGUAUCGUUACUGCUACCAUGAAGAUGGAGGAUGGCAUUACUGCGGAUUGCACAGGACACACGAUUUCCUUGAAUACUCCCAGGAGAACCAUAUAUGUAUCAAGAACUGCAGAGCAACUCAAGGUUCUUUCCAUUGUGAAACCAUCUACGGUCCUCAACGCUGCUCUCCGUUCCAUGACAUAACUCCUACUGGCUUGCCUUGCCACAACAACUACCGUUGCUCUAAAUAUGGGCACUCCUCAUAUCGCUGCCUUAUUGAUGACAAUAAAUCCAUGUGGGACAAUUGUGGACAGAAGGGCUUGGAUGGGUGUGUUUGGGUUACCUAUGAGAGCAAUUCUUCCCAGGUAGAGGUCUGCACACUUUCCAACACCCUGAAGGAAGGCAAGGUCAUCUUCCGCAGAGAAAGGCGAGACAACAUGCUCCCUCCUACUAAGGAGGAAUUCAAAAAUGCUGUCCACCUUAUUGAUAAAAUCAUGAAAGUCACAAGUCACCCUGGUCCUGGUCCUGAGGAAACCAUUACCUUCUAUAAGCAGGAAGAUAUAUUCUGCAAGGGCAUCAAUUAUACCAGUGUCGAAUUGCACAUAAAAUUAUCUGAUGAAACCACCGAGCCCAUUGCACAUGUUGUCUUCCCAACAUUCCUGAACUCUGCUCAUCUCCUGCGCCUAGCAUUUUACACUAGUCUCCACAGCACUUUUCAUCCACCUGCCUAUACCAUUGCUGUGUCUUUUGAUGAGCCAAUGUUAUGUUCUACUGAUCAUCAAUAACAAAUUAGCCUGAUCAUCUUGUUUGUAUAUCUCAUAGUGAUUUGUUUUUGACAUCUGCGCAGUUGCUGCUUUGCCAUAAUGUAUCAUCACCACUGUAUUUACCAGUAUUUGUGGGUGCUUUCACUUCCCCCUCCCCUUACCACAAUAUUAUGUGUAGCAUUAGAUAUUUUAGUUGUUGGGCUAAAUCCAAUUGCAGUUGUUGUCAAGUAACCAUCCUCAGUUAUGUUGAUAGGUAUGCAUUACUGACACCUGUAGCUAUGCUCAUAAGAGAGCAUACAGCAUACAGUGAGACUUUUCACAAUUCCCUGGCUUUUGGAGGUAUCCUUUGUAAUUGCUUCUCAUGAAAACUACCUGAUAUUAUUGGAAUUAAU